AUGCUCCUACAACAACAUUGGUAAGUACUUGAUAUGGCAGGACAGUGUAGGGUAGGGAAGGGUAGGGUAGGUAGAAUAAAGCAGGGUAGGGUAGGGUAGGGUAGGGUAGGGUAGGGUAGGGUAGGGUAGGGUAGGGUAGGGUAGAGUAGAGUAGAGUAGAGUAGAGUAGGGUUAAAGUUCAAUCUUUAAUCUUCUAUAACAUCUAUUUUCAGCAAAGCCCAAAUGUACGGCAGCUACUUCCUAAACGCCCUACGAGGUUAUGGUAGUGACCUAUGUCGGCUAGUAUCAUGUCCACCAGGUCAGUAUUGUGUAGCCGGCUCAUGUAAUGCAGGUGGUGCAUUUAGUACCGGAUUUAAUGGUGGACCAGGAUAUGGGUAUGGUGGAAUGGCUGGUCUUGGUGGAAUUGGCGGAUACAACGGGAUAGGCGGCCAGGGGUACGGUAUUGGGUAUGGUGCUAGUAUGGCGUUGAUGAAUGCUGCUCAUAAAUGUAGGUUUUGAUAGUGGAAAUAAAGUUUUUUCAAUUUUUGGAGGUUUUUUGGAAUAAAAAGACAUUUUUUAGGUUUUUGUGACCUGAUACUUGAGUGGAAGAUUUGUAAUGUAAUUUACACUCAAAAUCUUCCACCAAACUUUCAUUUUUAAAAUGUCUUAAAAUGGCCUAAAAACUCAUUUUAGACGUGGAAGUUCUGUGGAAGAUUUUCAGUGCAAAAUACAUUUCAGAUCUUCCACUUAACUUCCGCCCUCAAAAAUGCUCAAAAACGUGUUUUUCGGCUAUUUUAACACUUUUUAGACGUGGAAGUUUAAUGGAAGAUUUUUAGUGCAAAAUACAUUACAAAUCUUCCACUCAACUUCCACUUUUCAAAGCAUAUCUACGCCCUAAAAAUUUUGAAAUUUUAAGUUUGUGCCGAGACAUCUGAUUGCUAUAGUGGCCAGAUAUGUCAAGCAGGUCGCUGUAGCUUUACAGCUGGCGUGGGUGCUCCAUUUUUGGGGGCUGGUGCACUUGGAGCAGGUGGAUUUGAUGGUGGCUAUGGUGCACUUGGUACUGUUGGUGUGGGUGGGACAUAUAACGGUAUUACUGGGACUAAUGGUCUGGUUGGUAUGUUUUAAAAGGUUUUUGAAUGUUUUAGGGUUGGGCGUGGGUGAAGGAGAGGGGUGGGUGCUUUUGAUUUGGGGGGGGAGAGGAGGAAACCAUUUUAAAAUGAAAAUUCCAGAAAGACCCUCAGGCGUUCAAAUGUGUAAUUUGAUGCAAGAUUGCUUGAAUGGCCAAAUAUGUGUAAAUGGAUAUUGUUCACAAAGUAAUGUCGUGUAUGGAGGGUCACAAGCCGCUUUAAAGCCACCCCCAAGUAAGUUAAGGUGGGCUAGUUUGGGAUGCUAUGAGGUUGAGUAGGGUAUGUUAUGAAAGGAUACAGUAUGUUAAGGUAAAUUCUUUUAAGAUAAGUUUUGAUACAGUAGGGCAGAUUAGGUUACUGUGGAGGGGGUAGGUUAGGGUAGGAUAGGGCAGAGUAAGGUAGAUUACAGCGGGCUGUGCUAAUAUGAGAUAUGGUACAAUAUGGUAUCAUAAGACAAAUAUAGAGGAAGAUACUGUUUGUUAAGUAUGGUUACUGUAAAGUAAAUUCAGUUACGGUAGAGAUGGUUGGAUUACUGUAGGGUGGGUAAGAUAGAGUAUAGUAGUAGGUAGGGUGAGGUAGGGUAGGGUAGGAUAAAGUAGGGUAAGUUCAGACUUAUAAAUCCUAUUUUUAGCCUGUGGCACUGGUGCAGUCUGUCCAGUGGGUCACUUCUGUGUUGCUGGUAUCUGUACUCAAAAUUACAUGUCAUCGUCAUCUGGUAGGUUUAAAAUUUAAAAUCUUGAUUUCAAAUUUCAAUUUUUAAAAUUUUUUAACCAUUUUUUAAUCACAUAAAUAAAAAAUGUCAUUUUCAGCCUGUUUCAUUGGGAAUACCUGUCCAGCAGGCAUGAUUUGUCGCCUUGGCCGCUGCGAGCCAAACGGCUUUUUUGGCAAAAAAUGA